AUGGAAGCCGAUAACAUUACUUUCAAAGCCUUCGAAAACGAAAAGGAAACCCCUCAUCUCGAAUCCUUACGGUCUCUGAUAUCCGACGGCCUCUCAGAACCUUACAGUAUCUACGUCUAUCGUUACUUUUUGCAUCAGUGGGGGGAUUUGUGUUAUCUUGCAUUGGACGGCGAAAACCUCAUCGGCGUCGUCAUCUGCAAGCUCGAAAAACAUCGAGAACAUGGCGCAAAUAGAGGGUACAUCGCCAUGCUUGUCGUGAAGGAAGAAUAUAGGGGUAGAGGUCUAGCUACAAAACUCGUCAAGAUGGCUAUAGACGCUAUGAUUCUUAGAAAUGCGGAUGAGGUCGUUCUGGAAACAGAAGUAACUAAUACUGGCGCUAUAAAACUCUAUGAACACCUUGGAUUUCUAAGGAGCAAGAGACUUCAUAGAUAUUACCUCAACGGCAACUCGGCAUUUCGAUUGGUAUUAUACCUCAAGAGCAAUGCCGAGGCGCUUGCAUCAGCAGACCAUGGUCAUGAGCACAUAGAUCUAGAUGCGGAUGGGGACACGGAAAUCACAAAUGAUUAG